AGUACCGUCGUUUAUUUCUUGAGAUUUACACUAUUUAUUUUUUGGGUGCAAGUUGUACUCACGAUUCGCUGAUAAAUAAAGUAAACCUAUUUAUGGAGUCCGGGAAGAUUCCCGGACCGGGCCACGCUCUCGCUCACUUAUAAAAUCGGCAUUUUUUUUUACCUCACAUAUUUUUCUUCUUUUGGAAAACAAGUUCUAAAUAUAUGACAUCAUGCUGGAGCGCAUAAUUUUGUUCAGCGUACAUUGUGUGCUGGAUCUCGUCUUCUACCGCAUUCCGCGAUGGAUUCACGCCGUGUUCGUUAAACUGCCCGUCACGCUGUGGCAGCUCCUCACGGGUCGCCGCCCCCUCACCUACGCCCCAAGCACGGAGCGCCACAUCGACGUCAUCACGUCGCAGUCCGACCCUACGGCUGGAGAAAAGGUGAUGGGACUCUUCGGCUUGCACACCGCCAUGACAUACAAUGGCCCACUGUACAGUGGCCACAUCCACACCGUCAUCGGCGCCGCCCGCACGAGUCGCCGCGUCGCGUACGAGCGAGAGCUGCUCAAGGCGGACGACACGAACCCUAUUUGCCUGGACUGGCUGAAAGUGCCGGAGCCGUCCCGCGCGAAGGGUAUUAUUCUCCUCAUCCCCGGUCUAGGAAACUAUGGGCAGUCCAACUACAUUCAGCGCUUUGCACGGUGCGCGGUGCGGCACGGCUACCACGUGUGUCUGCUAACCCCUCGUGGCAUGGGCUCCGCCCCGCUCACCACGCCCAACAUCACGUGCGUCACCUUCACCGCCGACAUUCGCCAUGCGCUGCGCCACCGGUUGCAGAAGGACAUACUGGAGAAGGAGUUCGGCGCCGCGCUGCCGCUCUUUGCGGUGGGCUACAGCUGUGGCGGCCUGACGCUCAUCAAGUGUGUCGCCGAGGAGACGGCGGCCCACAAGGCGAGCAAUGGCACCCUCUACGCGAGCGGCUUUCCGAUUGAGGCGGUGGUGUCGAUGAUCGCGCCAAAUGACACGUACGUCUCCGCCGAGAUGCUGCGCACACGCAUGGGCAAGCUGCUGUACGCGAAACCCAUCUUUGCGGCCCUCUGCAAGUAUCUGCGCAAGCACCGCAAAACGCUGCAGUCUGCUUCGGAAGGAAAGACGGAGAAGGAGAAGAAGCAGCUGCCUCUAAUUCAUACGGACUUUGACGCGGCCAUGAAGCUCAUUCACGAGCCGACGGAUGUUGACAUACACGUGGUGGCCACCCACUUCGGCUACCCAGACCGCUUUGCCUACUACAAGGACAGCGACUCGUUGCAGUACGUGGAGAAGAUCCACGAUGUGCCGCUGCUCUGCCUCAACACUCGCGAUGACCCGAUCGUCGGCUACGCCGUGACAAAGGCGGCGUGGCAGGCGGCGUGCAACCUGAACAGCAACACCGUGUACGUGGAGGUGCCCACCGGCGGCCACUUCGGCUUUGUGCAAAAUUCGUUGCAAGAGUGGAUGCACCCCUUCAGCUUCCUUCAGACAUUCCCGCUCACUGCGUUGGAUCACGUAGUGGCCUCGCGUCAGAGCAAAAAACAGCAGUAG